AUGAAUAUAAGAUUGCUUAAUCAGUGUUUUCAAAAGAGUAGAAGCUGCUCAUAUAUAAAUGUCUUAAAAAUAAAUAACACAAAUAACUGCUAUCAAUUAUGUUGCCGUAAUUACAGUGAUAAUGUAAAAGACCAUUUUAAUAAACCAAGAAAUGUUGGGUCAUUUGAUAAAAAUGAAAAAAAUGUCGGAACAUCGAUUGUUGGUAAAGCUUCAUGUGGGGAUGUUAUAAAAUUGCAAUUAAAAAUUGAAGAUGACGUGAUAAAAGAUGCUCGCUUUAUGGCAUUUGGAUGUGGCUCAGCUAUUGCUAGUAGUUCAUAUGCAACUGAAUUGAUAAAAGGGAAAACAAUUGAUGAAGCUUUAAAAAUUAAAAAUAAUGAUAUUGCUUCCCACUUGAAUUUACCACCCGUCAAAAUCCAUUGUAGUUUAUUAGCCGAAGAUGCUAUAAAGCAUGCCAUUAAAAAUUAUAGAGAAAAGGUUAUAAAUUGA